AACGCAGAUCCCUGGUGGAAAUCAAAUUUCUUUAUAUCUCAACCGGUAUUAUUUGGUACCUGGGAUGGAGUAUUUACUUCUUGUUUAAUAAAUAUAUUUGGAGUCAUUGUGUUUUUACGAUCGGGAUGGAUCGUGGGCCAGGCUGGGGCAAUAAAUGCUGUGCUCAUCAUUCUGAGUACUGUUUGUGUGGCUUUAGUAACAGUUCUAUCGGCUGUUGGAAUCUGCGAAAGGUGCAGAGUAGAAAGUGGAGGAGUUUAUUUCCUUCUCUCUUAUGUGCUGGGCUCGAGAUUUGGAGGAUCCAUUGGCCUACUUUAUUGUUUCGGUCAGGCAGUUGGUUGUGCAUUAAAUGUACUAGGCUUCGGAGAGUCAAUGGCUGGAUUAGUAAAUCUGGAAGCAGAUCCGUGGGCGCAGAGGGGUUUUGCAUGUGCCGCCGUUAUACUUUUAUCAGUCAUAAACGUUGCCGGUGUCAAAUGGGUCAUUAAACUGCAGUUUAUACUUCUGCUCAUUCUGCUAUUGGCUGGCGUUGAUUUUGUCGUUGGUAGUUUUACACACGUCGAACCGGAUGCUGGAUUUGAAGGCUGGUUGUCCGGAAACUUCCGAAACAAUACUUUUUCAUCGUACCAAAAUGGCUGCAGUUGGUUCACAGUAUUCGGUGUAUUUUUUCCAACUGUAACUGGCUUUUUAUUUUUUAGUAUCAAUACCCUCAAUAGCUUGUCCUGCGGGAAGGAAGACACGAGCUGACGGCUCCGCUGUUAUAACUACGAGCUACGACCUAGAUAGAAAUGGUGAAGAUUCGUUUCUAUCGAUCGCGAUACAGCCGAUGUAUUGACCCUGCUUGCUAUAACAUCGCGAAGCGCCGAGAUAAUCCCAAAUAUAUCACAUUUCGUUACACUUAGAGACGAUGGACGCUGAGAUAAAUGAUGUAGACAAUCCUAAAAAGAUCCCACAGUCGCCAAGAUUAUACCGCAACAAUUCACCUUACCACCACCCAUCACUGACUGAAACACGAUGAGUGGUAUAACUUUGCUUCCAUUCUACACUCUUUCGAUUUAAACUACGAAAAAAAAUCGCCUGAUACCCUUUCGACGAAAAAUAUUCGAACACUGGGCUCCAUGCUAGGCUCCUUAUUAGGGUUAUUAAUCUAUUGCACUCGUAACGGUGGAAUUAUAUGAUUAAAACUCAAUAGAAAUUCAGAAAUCAGUCUAACAUGCUAUUAUUUUAAUUGUAUUGCAAGAAUAGGAAUUAAUAAUUUAUUCGUGUAGGAUAGACGUUAAUAUAUUUUGGGAACAGGUUUACAUUAUUAUUACAGACAACUUGCAAUGUGUAAUAAAAUGUAAUUGAAAGCACAAUAAUUGACGGUAGAAUUCAAAAUCGGAAGAUUACCAUUCACAAUGCAAUAUUAGGUCACCGAAUAUUUUAGUUUUUUCCACACUCUGAAAAUCCUUGAAAUAUUUAUAUUAUUUUGUGUUUACCAUUUUUGCAGGGAGUGAAAUGAAUUAUACAUAAUGUACAAUUAAUUGUAAUUUGUGUGGAAAUUGUAAUAACUGUUAAGUGAACUAAUACAUUUUUACACUUUGUCUUUA